AUGAAGGAUUAUCAAUCGCAAACGUUCGUUACGAAACAUGAUUUAGAAUUAUUACAUAAAAAAAUUAUUGCAACUGAUUUAAUUGUACAAAAAUAUCAAGAUGCUAAUAAAGCUUUAUUAAGAUUACAAGCCGAAAAUGAUGCUUUCAAACAACAAAUUGAACAAGUUACAAAUGAAUGUUGUAUAUUUGGCAAACAAGUUACAGAAUGUACACAAGAAUGUGAUAAUUUAAAAGAACAAAUUGAAAUAUUAAAUGGUGAAAAGCGUGAAUUACAUCAACAAUUACGUAUAUUACAAGAUGAAAAUACAAAUAAUUAUCAUGAAAUUAUGGUUUUAAAACAGUAUGAAUCAUUAAAAGAAAUAAAUGAUCAAUUAACUAAAACAGUUGAUCGACAACAAAAACAAGUAUCGAAAUUACAACUUCAAGCACAAAGACAAUCAUCUAUUGUUUAUAAGCCAAAUAAAACUAGUCAAGAACCAUCAGAAACAGAAAUUGCAUUAACCAGCUCAAAAAAAUCAGUUCGUGAAUUGAAAUUAGCUCUUGGACGUUUAGUAAAUUUUGUACAAUUAUCUAAGAUUGAAAUUCCGACAUCUCUGAAUAUUCGACCUGUUCUUAAAGCUCAUGAAAUAAAUGACGAUUUUUUGGAGUUUGAAGGUAUAUUUAUCCAUAAACCAGUGAAAAGAAAAGUAAAGAAACCGGUUGUUAGUCAAACUGAAGACAAGAAUGAUGAUGAUGAUGAUGAUGACGAUGAUAACGGUGAUUUUAUUGAUGUUACUGAAACAGUUCCAACUUCAUCUGUAAAUACAACAACUGCACCCGUAAAUAUUAUUGAAGAAACUCCAGUACCAUCAAGAUCUUCUUCUCGUCAACAAGAAAAAAAGAAAGAAAUUCCAAAAACAAAAUCUAAAAAAAAACCUCCAGCAAAAAAUCGUCGACAACCAGAUCGAUCCAAAUCACUAGAUUCACCUACAAAACUUGAUGAUCUUGCCAAUGAACUUGCAAUUGCUUUAUCACAACCGAAUCAAGAAGAACCUAUUUCUCAAUUAUCUACUUUUCUUAGUGAUGAUGAUGAUGAAGAUAAAACAUUGAAGUCAGAUAAGAAACAAGUACCAACAAUUGUUUAUAAUCCUAUGAUUUUACAACCACAAAUUAAUCGUCCAAGAACAAGAUCUACAAUAGGAUUAAAGACUAAAUCACCAAAAACAAUUUCAAAAAAUAUUUCAUUUUUUAGCGACGAUGAUAAUGAAGAAGCGAUUCAAAACAAAUUACCUCCAGUUUUAUCUACUCAUGAACAAAUUAAUUCUUCAUUACUACAAGUCGACAGUAUUACUCCAAUGGAAUAUGAUAUACCAGAUAAAUCUACUAAAUAUAUGUCUUGUCUCAGUGAAGAUGAUGACGAUAAUAAAUCACUAUCAUCUACAUCAACUUCAAUUACCGUUCAGCAACCUAUACAUCAAGAAUAUAUGCCUCGAUUAGACUUAAAUGAAUCAAAUAUUAAUAAAGAUGACAAUCAAUCACAAGCAUCAGUAUUAUCAACAAUUCCUAUAUCUACAACCGAUGUAUUAUCACAAUCUUUAUCAUCUAUUGAAGAUUCACAACCUAAUAAACAAGAAGAAACUGUUCAAGAUGACAAUAAUCAUACACAGCCAACGAAUACACUUGAUCCAAGUCAUACUAAAAUUGUUUUGCGUUUAUUACAUGUUUUAACACAACUACCUACAGCUUUCAAACCAUUACGACCGAUCCGUCGUCGUAUUCAACAAAAAACAAUGCCCGAAAAACAUAUUACUACAUUAACUGAAGAAAACUCGGCUAAUGAAACCAUAGAUACAACAGUUACCGAAAUACCUGUAGAUCUCGUUCGUGAAAUAGAAGAACAAACCUGUACUAUUACUAAUGACUUACCAGAAAAUCAGAUAUUUACAACAGUGGAAGAAAGCAUCAAUACAACUACUGAUAAUUUAUUGGUAGAUAGUGAAAUGACACAUCCUGCAGAAAUAGAUGUAUUAUCAAAUAAUUCACUGUCUAUACCAAUAGAAGAACAAUCAGAACUAAUUGAAGAAAACAAGAUAACUAUUGAUAAUUUACUGGCAAGUCAAUCUUCUAUAGAAGAGAAUCAUGUGACAAUUAUUGAAGAUCUAAAAGAUACACCUACAACUUCUGAACGAAUAGAAGAAGAAGUCGAUACAAGUAUUCAUAGUAUAUCCAAUAAUUUACUUUCCAUACCAACAGAAGAACAAUCACAAUCGACUGAAGAUAAUAGGACAAUAAAAAAUGAAACAUUGGAAGAGCACGUUUUUAUACCAGACAAAGAACAAGUUAAACCUAUUGAAAACAUCAACAAAACAAUUUGUGAAAUAGAUGAAAAAUCUGCAAUAAUCAAAGAACCUUUGAUAAUGUCAACAUCUCCAAAAACAACGUCGUCUAUCGAAUCCAUACAAUUCAAACGACCGCUACCACCUCGUCCUGUUGUUGCUGUAGUCUUAGCGAAACCACAACAAUCUUUAUUGAAACCUAUUCAAAUUUCAAUUAUUUCUCGUCUUCUCCAUGUAUUAACUAAUCUACCUGUAAAACCUCUUAGUCUUCCGUUGCCAUAUCCUUCAGGAAAAAGAAAACGAAAAUCUGUUACAAAAAAAUCUUCUAUUAUUCCUACUCGUCAAACUUCGAAUCCAGUACCUCCUCCUGCACCAAUUCGAAUGCAAACCCGAUCAUUAAAUUCUAUUCGCUCAUGUAUUGCACGUUGUAAUCAACCGAAAACAAUAACUAAAAAACGAACAGCAACUGAAAUAAUUUCCUCACCACCAAAACCAUCAAAACGAAUUAAAUCAACAACUACACAACAAACUCACAAUGAAUAUGAUUUAAUAAUUAAAUUUUUAAAUUCAUUUUCAAAAGAAAUUAAUAACGAAUUAAGUCAAUUUAUUGAACAAAAACUAAAUGAUGAUGUUUUAUUAUUAAAUGAUAAUAUCUAUCGAAUUAUUAGUGAAUUGUUGAUUAAUAAAUGCAAUAUGAUACUUCCAUUUAUUAAACAACUUCAUCCUUAUGAAGAAUCAAUUAAAAUAUUGUUAAUCUAUAUUCAUAGUAAAUCAUCAAGAUUUCAACAAUAUUUUCUAACGAAAUUAAAUCAAACAUUUGAAUAUGAAACAAAACAACCACAACAACAAAUAUCUCAUAAUCAUAUUGAAAUUUUAAAUCGAUUAUUCUUUGUCAGUUGUUCGAUAUUUACAUUGUCUUCAUCUGUAACAAUCUAUGCUCGUUUAUUCGAUAUAGGUUAUUAUUUCUCACAUGAUAUUCUUAUCAAUACAUUAUCAUUUAUUUUAAAUAAUUGUUCAUCAUUAAUAUCAAUUGAUUGUCAAACGAAAUCAUCAAAUAUAUUACUUCAUCAAAUAUUAUUUGAUAUAUUACGAGAAAAAAAAUUUAAUAUAUCAUAUGAAUAUCUAGAAAAUCUUUUUAUUGUGUAUCAUCGAUAUACACAUGAUCAAGAAGAUUUGCAACGUUGUUUUAUAUUGAUAUGUCGUUAUCAAACAUGGUUAUGGUGUUCAAAUGAUUUAUGUAGGAAAUUUCUCUUUCCAUUAUUAAAUCAAAUCAAUGAACAAUAUCAACAACGCGGAAUUAUUUUAAAUAUUUUACAAUAUAUUUUAUUUCUCUAUAGAGAUAAUGAAGAUUUUAAACAAGAUAUUAUCUUUCAUGAUCAAAUAAAACAACUACUAUCAUCAUUAAAGACAAUGAAUAGUUCUGAAUGUAUUGUACGAGAUAAAAUUUUUUCCAUUCUUCAUACUUGUUGUUAA